AUGAAAAUCUUGCUGAUAUUCGUUACAAAACUAUAUUUAGGUAUCAUAGAUAUCAAUUUUUAGUCAUGACUUAAUCUUAUACAUUAGUAAAAUCUGAUUUAGUUACUACAGGAGCCCAUACUUGGGUAGAUGAAACAUCUACAGCUUUGUCUGCUACAGCUACAUUAUGCUCAUCCUUAAAACAACCUUAUGUUACUAUAAGUAGUCAUUUGGCAAAAUCAAUAUCAAAUUAAUAUAUCGUUAAUGACAAUGAUCAUGAGAUAUAUAUUAAAAUAAUUGUAGCAGGAACUUGGGAGGGGGAUUCUUUAGUCAUCAAAAGUAAUACAGCAACACUAUAGACACAACCACUAACAACUGCAACCUAAUUGAAUGAAGUUUAUUGCACAUUAACUAAGUAAUUUAUGAAUUAAUAGUUAGUGUGAAAGUGUUGGUUUUUAAAGUUUAAGCACUAAAAACUACAUUAAUAACAAGUGGCUCAGACAAAAUACUGAAAUUAGUCAUUAGUAUACCAACUCUUAAUAAUGCUGCAAAAAUAAAAACAAUCUAUGUUGGUCCAGUAUUGAUUUAUGAAAUCGGUACUUCAGUUGCACCUACUAAUACUUAUGUUUCAAAUAAAUAGUUUUAUUAUUUUACUUCAUCUACAUAAAAUCCUAAUACUGUUUUGCCUAAUUUUAAUUAUAAUACUAUAAAUUCAAUUUCCUCUUAAAAAUAUGAUUUACUUACUUUUGGAAACUCAGCAGCUAAUUUUAUUAUAGGAGGAUUUAAAAGAUGGAAUACAGGAAUUAUAACAUUUACUGAGACAUUAUAAAUUCAUUAUAAAAUUAAAUUCAGUUUUUACGUUUAUGCUUUUGAUACAUCAACUAUAUUAACAUCAGCAAAUUUGAUAAUUACAAUAAACGGUGCUUCAGGUCCAAUUAUAGUUCCUGAUACUUCUAUAAGCAGAAUAUAAGCUGGUAAUCUCUAUGGUAGUAGUGGAAUGGAUUCCGUUUAUUUUGUUGAUUAUGAAAUGGAUCAUGUAGAUACAAAUUUAUAAAUAACAAUUGAAUUAACUACAACAAUAGACUUAGGAAUUACUAACUUUUAUUUACUAUCUAAGAAUUGUCCAUAAUUUUGUUAAGCUUGUAGAACUGAAGGAACAUGUGAUGCUUGUUCAAGUGUUGAUAAUAGAAAUUAAGUUACUUGUCAAUGUAAUGAAUAAUAUUAUGAAAAUAUUGUUGAUAAUACUUGCAAACGUAAGAAUCAUUUUAUUAUAUUUUAGCAUGUGAUUAUAGAUGUGCCAAAUGUGUUUAUGAUGUAACUGAUGUCAAAGGAAAUUGUUUAUUAUGUAAAUAUGGUUUUGACAUAAACACUAAAUGUUCUACUUGCAUUUAUUCAUAUUAAUUUGAAAAUACAGUUGCUGUUAAAUGUGAAAGUAUACAUUAUCAUUUUUAUAAUUAGAUUGUUAACCAUGUUGUUUAACUUGUUCUGGUCCAACUGAUAAAGAUUGCAUUACUUUCAAAAAACCAUAUAAGAUUAUGCCAGAUAAUUAAGCAGUUCUAGAUUGUCCAUCUAAUUAUUAUAUAGUUUAAUAGACAGCUGAUAGAACUCUAUGUGUUAUGUGUGAUGUAAUAUUCAAAUUUAAUUUCUCUUUAGGUUAGUUGUAAGACAUGUGCUGAGACUUAGUCUAAAUGUACAACUUGUUAUGAUGGAUAUGAUUUGUUAUUCAAUUAAUGCUUACUAUCAUGUCCAAUCAAAACAUAUAGAUUGAAUAAAGAUUGUACUCCUUGUACUGAUCCAUAAUGCGAAAUUUGCUCAGAAUCAUAAUGUCUCUAUUGUCUCCCCAAUAAAUUUAUGUCAAGAAUCUCAAAGUUAUGUAUCUCUCCUUGUGAUAGUGGAUUUUAUGGUGAUGAUACUACUAGAUCAUGCAAAAAAUGUCAUCAAACAUGUAAGGAAUGUACUAAUCCUCUCUUCACUUAAUGUUCAACAUGUCCUGAUAAUACAUAUAUGUUGGUUUUGGAUUCUACACUUGUAACUGGAAUCUGUUAUAAGAUUUGUAAAGAAGGAUAUUAUCCAUCUGGUAAAUUCUGUGUUCCUUGUUAUGAAGGUUGUCAAUUUUGUACUUCACCAACUGUAUGUUAAACUUGUGUUGCUGGAUUUUAUUUACAUAAUGAAUUUUGUGUUGAGACUUGUCCAUCCAAGAUGUAUGCUAAUUAAUUUGUUUAAAAAUGUUUAAAAUGUAAUGAGACUUGUAUUGAAUGUACAGGAGGUGAAAACUAUUAAUGUUUAACAUGUAGUGGAGGAUUAUUAUAAUAUUAAGGAAAAUGUUAUCCAAUAUGUCCAAUAGGAACAGUAGGAGUUAAUGGUGUAUGUGAAUCAUGUGCUUUAAAUUGUGAUAUAUGUGUAGGUACAAAUAUAUAUGAUUGCACUUAAUGCAGUACAUAAAAGUAUAUUUUAAAUGGAUAAUGUUAUGAUGUAUGUCCUCCAUCAUAUUAAGGAGAUAUUCAAACAUUUACUUGUGAAUUUUGUAUUGAUAAUUGUGAAACUUGUGUUUCAAGUUCUUGUAAAUUAUGCUUACCUGGAUAUUUCUUUUAAGAUGGUUAAUGUAUGUCAUCGUGUUAUGAUGGUUAUUAUCAGUCUAUUAAUGAUAGAAAAUGCUAACCAUGUAAUUUGAUUUGCAAAACAUGUUCUGGUCCAGAUAUUGAUGAUUGUUUGACAUGUCCAAGUAGUUACUAUUUCUAUUUUAAUAAUUGUUUACCUGAAUGUCCAGAUGGAUAUUAUGGAGCAACUGGUAAAAUUUGUACAGAAUGUCAUUCAUCUUGUUUGACCUGUCAUGGUCCUCUAAUUGAUAAUUGUGAUACUUGUCCACUUACAACUUAUCUUUAUCAAGCGAAAUGUUUAAGUGUUUGUCCAAAUGGAACAUAUGCUUCAGAUACAUAUUAAUCUUGUAUGCCAUGUCAUGUGUCUUGUCUUACUUGUUAAGGAGGAUCAAGUUUUGAUUGUUUGACAUGUCCAGUCUACAUAGAAAGAAUGCAAUGUGUAACUAGUUGUAGUCCUGGAUAUGUAUUGAGUGGAGUAGAAUGUAACCCAUUAGUAUAAAUAACUAUUGAUUGUGAUCCAUAAUGUGCAACAUGCGCUCUUUAAUCAUCAAAUUGUGUUACAUGUUAACCAUCAAGAUAAUAAAAUAAACCUUAAUGUACUUGUUAAAGAGGAUUUUAUGAUGUUGGAACUCCAAAUUGUUCACCAUGUGAUCAUAAAUGCGCAACUUGUAAAGUAUAAGCUGAUAAUUGUUUAACUUGUAAAGGAAAUAGGUAUGGUUCUACUUGUAUUUGUCCUGAUUAUUAUUAUGAAGAUGGUAUUUCAUUAAAUUGUCCAAAAUGUAAUUAUAAAUGUGAAUUAUGUGAAAAUAAUAUUUGUACAACAUGUGCAGAUAGAAGAGAAAAUAUACCUUCAUGUACAUGUCCAGAUGGAUUUUUUGAUAAUCUCACUCCAAUUUGUUAACCAUGUAGUGAAGUAUGUACAACUUGUGUAGAUAUUGCAGAUAAAUGUUUAAUAUGUUCAGGAAUAAGAGAAAAUCCCCCAUUUUGUACAUGUCCUUCUGGUUAUUUUGAUUUUUCAGGCUAAUGUUUAAAAUGUGCAUUUGAAUGUGGAGAUUGUGAUUCAAAUGGAUGUGUAAGUUGUAAAGGUAAUAUGAGUGGUCCAUUUGUUGGUAAAUGCAUAUGUAAGGAUGGUUAUUCUAGAAAGAGUAUUGGAUCUGUAUAUUGUACUAAUUGUGAUAUGGGUGUACCAUAUUCAAUUUUAACAUCAGGAUUAAAUAAAAUUAAGAUUGAUUUUGGAGGACCUUUAGAUUUAGUUGAUAGUACUCAAACAGGUUGUGAUCAAUAUUUCUAGGCAUCUACUCUUUCUACUUUAGGUACAAGUCCAAUUUGUACAAUUGAUGAAAAUGCCAUAGUUGUAACACUUGGUAAGUAUGCUACAAUAAUAAUUGGACAUAAUUUUUCUUUUGGAAAUGGUUUCAAAUUGAAAAUAUGUACAGCAGGUUUUUCAACCUUUUAACCUAGUAGUUUAAUAAUGGAUCCAGCUGUUUCAAAUGAAGAGAAUUUACCAUACAUUACUUUUGUAGCUUAACAACCAAAAACUAUUUGUGAGGCAGUAGUCAUAAAAUAUACUCUUGGUAAUACAGGUAGUAGAAAUUUAGAAAUUUUCAGUUGGGAUUUGAUAUAACCUUAAAAUUAUGUGAAUACUCAAUUAAGUUCAAUUCUUAGUUCAAUUACUCCUGCUAAAACUUAUGAUACUAAUAUAACAAUUCCUAGAUUAGUAUUAAAACCAUUUACAACAUUUUCAUUUAACAUACAAUUACGAAAUUUUUUAGCAUUAGAUGCUUCUAAUACUUUUUUCCUUUAAACUUUAGGACCUGCUCAAGUAAGUAUAUAAGAACCUGAAGAAUAGAAUACAUUUUAUAGAUAUGAAACAACUCUGCUCAAUUUUACAUUUAUGUAUUCAAAUUGUACAUUGACUUCAGAAAUGUCUGAGACAGUUGAAAUUUUAGUUAAAUUGGAUACAAUUAUAUUAGCUGAAUAGAAUUAGAUAUUCUUUUUAUAAAUGAGUUCUGCUUUCGAUUUCCAAAUUCCAAUAAAUCCUUAUAUUCUUUAAAUUGGUUCAAAUAAUAUUAGUGUUGCUAUUAAUGUUCCAUCAUAAUCACUAUAAGCAAAUAUAUUUAUGAAUUAAGAAAUUGCAGAAGGAACUUUGAUUGUAAAAGUAAAUGGUGGAAAUAGACAAGUUGGUGAUGUUGCUAUAGUUAUUUUGACAGCUUCAGUUAUAGAUUAAGAUAUUGAUCCAAAAGAAACAGAUCCAUUUUAAUAUAUAUUUUCAUGGACAUGUUUUGAUGUUUUGAAAGGUGCUGAAUGUUUAGAUUUAUAUGGUAAACUCAUCAAAUAUCCAAAUGGAAAAUCUGUUGUUAUAUAAGCAAGUGAAUUAAGUUAAUAUAAUUCAUAUGUCUUCAGUGCAGAAACAAAGAAGGGUAAUAAAUAAGCAUCAGGAAAAUCUAUGAUUCAAAUAGUUGAAGUUGAUGUUCCUUAAUUACAAUCAGCAAAUGAAAAAGAGGAAGCAGAGAUCAUUACAUAAAUAUUUAAUUAUUAUGAUGAAAUUUAAUUGUCUUUUUAAUAUACAUUAGCUAAUCCAGACAACCUAUUUUAUUCAGCUACUAUAAUAUAUGAUUAGGUUUCUGUAAAAUCAUUUAAAUUUUAUAGUUUAACUUUUAAAUUUAGAUUACUUGAUUAUUUUACAAAUCUUAAUACAAUUUAAGGUAAUAAAAUUACAUUAAGAACAUCUGUUUAUAAUCCAACUUAUGUUAUGCCAUCUUUAAGAAGCAUUAUUUUAUCCUAUAAUUUGCCACCAAGUAAUUGUACUUUAAUUUUCAAUAAUCCUGAUGAUAUUAUAUAUGAACUUAAAACAUAUGUCAAUAUGACUAUUGCUUAUUGUGAAGAUGAAGAUCAACCAUUAGAAUAUAAAGUCUUAUUUUAUAAUGAUAAAGAUAUGUAUGAUUAUGAUUUCUCUAUUGGAAGAUUCAUCAAUAAUAUAAACAUCUUAGAUUAUUAAUCUAAUAAUACAAUAACAUUUCAAUUACCAUUUGUUGGUCCAUAAUAAUCUAACAAUUUCACAUCUUUCCUAGUAUUUAUGAUCAAAGAUAAUAAGAAUGGAAUCUCUAAUCUUACUACAUCUAUUGUAAUCACUAAAAAUUAAUAAAUCAAUUAAACUCAAUUAACUAAAAUGAUUGAUCAUUCUGAGAACCUUUAAGAUACACUCUAAAUUUAAGAUCUAAUUGUUAGUAGAGUUGUUCAAAUGGAUAAUUGUUCCUAAUUUAAAUAUGAUAUUAUUAGAAAAAAUGAUUUAAUAGCAUAAAAUGAUCUAUCAAUUGAUCAAUAAAAUGUUAUACUCAAUCAGAUGAUUUAAUUAAUUAAUGAUAAAGAAGUGAUUUCAUAAUUUAAAGUACAAUUAGAUUCUCUGAAUUCAUUCAAUAAAAUUAUACAAUCCAAUUUUGAAAAACUUAAAACCUUAUAAUUAGAUACUCAAAGUACUUUGUAAUAAUAAAGUUAUAUUAAUAAUUAUUAUAAAUACUUUGAUCUGUUCUCUUCAUUAAUUACCAAUAGUAAAUAUUUCAAUUCUACUAAUGAAUAAGUUUUGGAAUACAUAGAUUAAAUCAAAACUCAAUUAAUUGAAUUAACUAUUUUGAAUAGUGAUGGUUUUACAAUUGAAAAUGAUUUAGCAACUUUAUAAAUUAGAAAGGCUAGUUACAAAAUUAUAAAUGAAAUGACUGGUAAUAUUUUGAAAGAAGAAACUGUAUUUAGAUUAUUGGAAUCCACCUAAUCUAAUUACUAAUAUUACUUUCAUAAAUUUAUUGUGAAUCCAUAUUUAAAUGAAGAGACCUUCCCUAAGAAUGAUUCUUUUGGAGCUGAAGCAAUCUAUUUAAGAGUUGUGGAUGAAUUAACAUAAUUAAAUGCUAUAAUGUUAUAACCAUAUACUUAUACAUUUAUAGUUGAUGAGGAUUAUGCAAAUAAUAAAACUAUUUGUAUAUAAAAAUUAUUUGAUAUUUGGACAUCUAAAGACAUAGAAACAAUACUUAUUAAUAAAACUGCUAUUUCAUGUAAGAUUUUCUAAUUUAAUCCAUUUACAAUUGUUAUUAAUAGCACUAUAGUAGAUAAUAGUACAAAUAAUAAUACAAAUUAAACUACAGAUAACACAGAUAAUGAUUAAGAUGAAUAAGAUGAAUAAGAUGAAUAAGAUGAGUAAAAUAAUAAUAAUAAUAAUAAUAAUAAUACUAAUAACAAUAACAAUUCAAAUAAUACUAAUAAUAAUAGUAAUUAAACUAAAAAUGUUAAUAAUAAUACUUCUAAUACUCUAUUAAUUUCUGAACCCUUCUUUAUUUAUUUAAUUUGUAUAGGAUCAUUAAUUUUAUUGUUUGCCUUCUUUGCUCAUUACAAAGAUACAUAAUUUGCAAAAGUGUAUAAUCACAAGAAAUCCUAAUCAGAAAUUGUCAUCACAAAUUAAAAAGAUGAAACUCCAGAUAUGAAAAAGAGUGAAAUAUUUACAUAUAAAGAAAGUAGAAAUUAAUAUGAAUAAUCUUCACCAUCAUUGACAAAUAUAGCAAAGCCUUCUUCAUUCAAGAAAUUUAAAUUAAUAUUACUAAACUUUCAUACUUUAGGAAGUAUAUUCUAUAGAGAUGAAGCUUAUAGGAAGAUCACAUAUUUCAAUUAUGUAAUUAGGUUCUUGUUCAUUCAAUUGUCCAUACUUAUAACAUAUAUCUAUUUCUCAUAUGACUAUUAAUUAUCCCUAGUAUUUCUAUUAAGUCCAUUAGCAUUUUCAAUUUAUACAUUCUUAAUGAAUGUUCCAUCAUAAAACAAAAUAUAUUUUGGUCUAAAGCUAUUGGUAACUAUUUUGUCAUUAGGUACAAUUGGAUUAGCUAUCUAUAGAGUAGUUGAUUAUAUAACAGAUGAUAAUGAAUACAAUUUAACUAAAAUUACAUUUUUCUUGGCAGCAUAAAUCUUGUAUGAUAAUCUUAUAUACAACAUGAUUGUAAUUAUGAUCAUUUUUAUGAUGACAAUCAAAGAAGGAGCUAUAUCUCUUUGGAUAAUCAAAUUCAUGCAAUCAUCAGAUCAAGAAUAAAUAAUACAUAAUUAUCCAAAUUCAGAUGCUAUUAAAGAAAAAUGA